AUGGAGCUGCCAACGCACCAGCCGCUCGCCCACGACACCGAUGACGACCUCUCCGACGACCACAUCCGCGACCUGCUCAGCGAGGCUGCCGUCCGCAUGCGCGCAGAUGCAGCGCAGUCUGCAUCGCGCCCCCCGGCUCCCUUCAAGCUCCCCAAACUGACGCCCGCCCAUAUUGCCGACACUCACGAGACGACUGACGGCAACAUUACCCGCCUCGACCACUCGAAGCUUGUCGACAAGAACCAAAAGGCCUUGGCCAAUGGCAUCAAGAAGAUCGAAGACCCCAUUCAGGCCAAGAAGCAGAAGCAAGAGGAGAAAAAGGCAACUGCUGGAGCGCAAUGGUUCAACAUGCCCAAGACCGACCUGACACCUGAACUGCGCCGAGACCUGCAACUCCUCAAGAUGCGCAGCGUGCUCGACCCCAAGCGCCACUACAAAAAGGACAAUUCCAAGAGCGAUGUCCCUGCCUUCUCCCAGGUCGGCACCAUUAUCGAAGGCGCCACGGAAUUCUACAGCAGCCGCUUGAAGAACAAGGACCGCAAGCAGACCAUUCUCGAGGAAGUCAUUGCCCAAGAGCAAGACAGCGGUCGUUUCAAGCGCAAAUACGAAGACAUCCAGACAAGCAAGGCGAGCGGCAAGAAGGCCCACUACAAGGCCCUCAAGGCAAAGCGAAACAAGGGAAAGAUUGUCAAGCCUUGA